UCGAACUACCAGGCCGUCUUGCGAGAAAAGCUGCAGCGACUCAAGCAAACGGCGGACAUCGAGACCUACAACGGCGAGUACUCUGCUCUUAUCUUCCGAGUUGAGGGCAUGAGUGUACUUGACCAGGUACUAAGCUACGCAAACGGUGUCAAGCCUCGUACCCGUAGCUACGUCAAGCUCGAGAACCCAGAGACGCUGAGCGCGGCUAUGGAUCUGGCGAUCAAGUACGAAGUUACGCACUUUGUGGACGACGUGCGCGACCGCCAGUCCCGCCAAGACAAGAGGAAGAUCUUCGCUGAUCAAGCUCCCAAGCAAGACAAGCCAUUCAAAGGGAAACCUUUCCGCGGCAAGGGACGGUUCAAGCCGAGGUCUGACUCCAAGCGUACUGAAGGCCGCACCUGCUAUCACCGCAAGAAGCCUGACCCCAUCAAGGCCAACUGCUUCCUCUGGAAGAAGGAGCAAGAGAAGCAGGGAAACGAGCAACCACGUGAAAUCAGUGUUGAUGACAAGUGUCUCGCGACACGAAGCAUGUUGUUGGACUGUGGAGCCACCACGAUCUACGUAUCCAAGCGUUGGGUCGAGGAGCACCAGCUUCAGACAACCAAGUUCAGCGACAAGAACAUUCGUGUCAAGCUGGGAGACAACCAAAUUGUCGAGGCGGAGCUUGAAAUUCUGCUGAUAGAGAUUCUGGUCUCGAGGCUGGACGACGCCUACAAGUGUGUGGCAGUCGUCUACCCGAUUCCAGACGAAUUCGAUUGCAUUCUUGGAAUACCAUUCUUCGAAGACAUGCAACCACAUAUUGACUGGAGAGGUCGACGAAUCGAAAGAACGAGAACGAGGACUCUGCACUGGAAGCGAACAGGGAAGACCUGUGAGCCGAUCGAGGAAGGCGGACCGGUGAUUACCUCCGGGCUUCGGAGAUCUGUCGAGGCGAAAGGCCUGUCGGCGAAAAGACCCGAUUCCUGUCGAGGUGCCGCGCUGGAAACGGAUGUGAAGCUCACGGUUGAAGCUGUUGGUGACGCAGUGCAGAAGAAAUCCCCAAGUGUUGUCCGCGGACGACAUGAUGACGCGCAAGCUGGCAAGAGUUCAGCUGGAGACGACGACGUUGCGACGUCUGAGCGCGAGUGUACUGUAGUCGAGGCUGAUGGAAGCAGCAGUACCAGGGGUGGAGACAACGCCGUGGAGAAGAUGUUCACAAUGGGAGUUGUCGACGAGAGUGGUAUACAGACCAAAUACAUCACGCGCAAGAAGUUGCGGAAGUUCCUGAGAAUCAAGACCAAGACGAGCGACGAGCCUGACUUCAUGUUGGUGCUAUCGAACGAGACGAUCAAGCAAGUUGCACGUUCACUGCAACGCCGAGAUCAGCCCGACAACGUUGGGAACUGGGACACCUUCCGAGAGAAUCCAGCUUUCAAUCUUCUCAUGGAGUAUAAGGACAACGUGUUUCGUCCAGAACUACCCGAAGGUUUACCAGAGAAGCGUGACAUCGAACACUGGAUCGAUGUGAAGGAUCCAAAUAUGGCGAUGUACCGGCAGCAGUGGCGACAGUCGCCGGAGCAGCAGCGUGAAAUCGUGCGCUGGGUCGAAGACAUGGUGAAGAAGAAGCUCAUUCGACCAAGCAUCAGUCCCCACGCAGCCCCAACAUUCUGUGUCCGGAAACCAGUUGGCUGGAGAAUUGUUCACGACUACCGGUACUUGAAUUCGAACACCGUGCGUCAAAGUAUCCCGAUGACGAGGAAGGAAGACAUCCUUGACACCAUGUCCGGUGCGUACUGGUUCUCCACGAUGGACCUGAUGUCCGCGUACUACCAAGUGCGCAUGCGGGAAGAAGACAUCAAGUUUACCGCAUUCCAAGCGCCGAACGGUCUCUGGGAGUAUCUCGUUCUUCCAAUGGGAAUUUGCAACGCGCCAGCAACGAUGCACAGAUUGACAUCGAAGCUCUUUCGAGACUUGAAGAACACGAAGUCGUUCUACGAUGACAUCUAUGUUUUCACCAAGUCACCGAAGAUCGAGGACCAUCUGGACGCACUGCGGAAAACACUUGACAUCUUGCGUGAUAACAAGUUGUACGUCAAGCUGUCCAAGUGUGGCUUCUGCUCCGACGAGAUCCCGUGUCUCGGAGAUUUCGUAGGGCGAAAUGGAGUUCGGAUGGAUCCAGACAAGGUGCAGACCAUCAAGGACUGGCCUGUACCACGGACGCAAGAAGAGCUUCACAGCUUCCUUGGCUUGACAGGUUACGUCCAGCGAUUCUGUCCAGAGUACGCAUCUCUGACAGCCUCCAUGUUUGCGCUCUUGAAGAAGAAGAACAAGCGGAACGCCAAGAUUCAUCUCAGCGACGAGCAGCUGAAGAACUUCAAGGAGUUGAAGCGGCGACUGUGCAACCAGCCAGUAUUGCACUUGCCGGAUUUCAGCAGCCCCAUGCAUCUGCGUACCGACGCAAGCAAGUUUGCUGUCGGUGGAGUCCUUUUUCAAGUGGUGGACGGAGUUGAGCGCCCGAUAGCGUACACAAACCGGAAGAUGGAGUCGGUGGAGCUCAACUAUCCGACUCAGCAGCAGGCGAUCGUUCAUGCGCUGGCAGCGUUUCGGAUCUACUGCCUGGACAAACCACCCAUCGUCGAGACAGAUCACAAAAGUCUCGAAGGACUGUUCACCCAGAAGAUGGCCAACCGUCGACUCUCUCGCUGGUACGACAUCCUUGCGGAAUACCAGCCGACGUUCUCGUACCUUCCCGGUGCGAAGAAUGGCAUCGCAGACGCGUUAAGUCGAAGGUCAGACUUUCAACUGGAGACGAAGUUCUUCCACGACUUACGGGUGACCAGCUUCGACGGCACAUCCUUCAGCCUCGCGAUCAGCGAAGUAACGGGUGACUCGGAGCUGAUUACGCGCAUCAAGAAAGCGUACAAGAAAGAUCGUGAUGUCCAAGCAAUCUUGACAGCAAUCAAGCGACGCAAAUCCGACUCAAAACCAAAGCGCGAACACCAGCAGCACAAGAAAUACCGCUGCUACUCCGAAGCGAACGGGUUACUGUGGUAUCAAACGCCUGCAGAUGACGCUCCACGGAUUGUCGUGCCCAACGAUGUGAAGUUGCGACAGACAAUUAUCAGCGAGUGUCACGACACCAACUACGGAGGCCAUCCCGGUGCGGAACGUACGUACUUGACACUGGCGCGCCAUUGGUACUGGUCAAAGAUGUUGAAGUCCAUCCAGAAGUUUGUCGCCGGCUGCGAGCCUUGUCGGAGGAACAAGCCGCGGUUGACGAAACCUCCUGGGUUGCUCGAGCCACUCAGUAUUCCAGACGAGCGUUGGAGAUCCAUCUCCAUGGAUUUCAUCACUGAUCUGCCGCGAACGGAGCGGGGCGUCGACUCUAUCUGGGUCGUCGUCGAUCGGUUGACCAAGCGGUGUCAUUUCGUGCCAACCACCAAGAAGGUGAACGCCGAAGGUGUUGCUCGACUCUUCAUCGACAACAUCUGGAAGUUACACGGCAUGCCGACGAAUAUCGUCUCCGACCGCGACAGGAAGUUCGUGUCCGCCUUCUGGCAGCAUGUCUUCAAGUCCAUCGGGACAAGGCUAAGCAUGACCGUUGCACAUCGCGCUCAAGGUGACGGACAAAUGGAGCGCAUGAACCGAACCUUGGAAGAGUAUCUUCGGUGCUUCGUCGGUCCACUUCAAGAUGAUUGGGACGUCCAUCUCGCCAACGCUGAGUUCGCUGUCAACUCAACUGUCAACUCCAGCACGAAGCUUGCGCCGUUCGAAGCCGAUCUGGGCUACAUUCCGCUGAAUCCACUUCAACUUGCAUCCGAGCAACUUGAGAGUGUCCCCAAGAGUCGCCGCGGAGCAGAGUUUCACGAGCGACAGGCGGCGAUUCUCUUACGCUGUCGCGAAGCGUUAGCUCAGGCCCAAGAACGGAUGCGCGACGUCUACGACCGAAACCGUGUUGAGCAGAUCUUCGAAGUUGGUGACAGGGUAUACUUGAGCACGCAGAAUCUGAACCCGAAGCACUCCGGCUUGCCCAACUCCACCAAGUUCGGACCCAAGUGGAUCGGCCCGUACACCGUGGUGCGGAAGAUUCAUAACCACGCGUACGAGCUCAACAUCCAGGCUGGCAACAAACUGCAUCCCGUCUUCAACACUGCGUCAUUGAAGCCGUACAAGGAGCUGACUCGCUUGUCGAGGCCAAGCGACGUAAUCUUAGCGGACGGCAGCAUUGGCCAGAUCGUCAAGGCAUUACGUGGAAAGCGAACGCGAAAACGGCGGAUCCAAUAUCUUGUGGAGUGGGUGGGCGAGGAGAAACAAACCUGGGAACCAGUGGAGAACUUGUCACAAGUCCCAGAUCUCAUCGCGGAAUUUGAAUCUGCAAGGCGAAAGAAGCGUCGAAAACGGUGA